CAAGGACAUGACAUUUCAUCUUCUUCCGCCUUUGAGCCUUCUUCUUCAAAGAAGCAUCUGAACAAGCAAAAGCUUAGAUCUCUGAGCUGAGAGUGAAGAUAUCUGCGGAAGGGAAGACGAACGAUGGAUCGCCUGCUUAAAUCUGCGAGGACUUCCGGCUCCCUCAACUUGUCGAAUCGCUCGCUCAAGGAGGUUCCCAGCGAGGUAUAUCAGAGUUUGGACACAGUUGGUGAAGGGGAAAGGUGGUGGGAGACCGUGGAGCUACAAAAGCUGAUACUGGCUCACAAUGAAAUUGAAAUGCUGAAAGAAGAUCUGCGCAACUUGGGUUCACUGACUGUGUUGAAUGUUAGCCACAACAAACUUACGCAGCUUCCUGCAGCUAUAGGAGACCUUCCUAUGCUGAAGUCUCUAGAUGUCUCCUUUAACUCAAUCACUAGUAUUCCAGAGGAGAUUGGCUCCGCAGCUGCUCUAGUCAAGUUUGACUGCUCCAGCAACAAGCUAAAAGAACUCCCUGCCUCUCUUGGAAGGUGUUCAGAUCUGUCAGAGCUGAAGGCAUCAAAUAAUGCCAUUUCAACCUUGCCUGAAGAUUUGGGUCAAUGUUCAAAAUUAACCAAACUAGAUGUGGAGGGCAACAAGCUUACAGUUCUUUCUGCUAAUAUAAUUGCAUCAUGGUCAAUGCUCACAGAGCUCAAUGCAGCAAGAAAUUUACUUGGUGCUAUGUCGGAGAACAUUGGGAAUCUUUCACGUCUCAUCCGCCUAGAUCUUCAUCAAAACCGAAUUUCUUCAAUCCCUCAUUCUAUCAUGGGUUGCUCUUCCCUCGCUGAGUUCUACAUGGGGAAUAACAUGCUGUCUUCAUUGCCAUCAGAAAUAGGGGAGCUCUCUCGCUUAGGCACCCUAGAUUUGCACUCAAAUCAGUUGAAGGAUUACCCAGUGGGGGCAUGUAGAUUGCGAGUUUCAGUUCUAGAUCUAUCAAACAAUACAUUAAGUGAGCUUCCCCCAGAGAUUGGCAAGAUGACUACUCUCCGGAAGCUUCUGCUCACUGGGAAUCCUAUGCGGACUCUUAGAAGCUCUCUUGUCAAUGGUCCUACUCCUGCAUUACUGAGGUACCUUCGCAGUAGACUUCCAGAGAAUGAAGAUUCUUUAACAGCAAAGACAACAAAAGACGAUGUUGUUGCAAUGGCCACUAGAUUAUCUAUCACUACAAAGGAACUUAAUUUGGAAGGGACAGGCUUAAGUGCCGUGCCAUCAGAAGUAUGGGAAACUGGUGACAUUGCAAAAGUUGAUCUCUCUAAAAAUUCCAUUGAAGAGCUUCCCAUGGAGCUCUCUUCAUGCACAUCUCUUCAGACUUUGAUACUAUCCAGGAACAAGAUUAAAGAGUGGCCUGGGGAAAUUUUGAAGUCACUAAAUAAUCUUUCGUGCUUGAAGCUAGAUUCUAAUCCCCUCAGACAGAUCCCAUCCCAUGGAUUUCAAGCUGUUAGCAUGCUUCAGAUUUUGGACUUAAGUGGAAAUAUUUCUUCAUUACCACAGAAUCCAGCAUUUUCUAUUAUGCCACAGUUAAGAGAGCUGCAUCUUAGACGAGUGCAGCUUCAUGAAAUCCCAUCAGACAUCUUGAAGCUGAAGCAUCUGCAGAUUCUGGACUUGAGCCAAAAUUCCAUUCAGACAAUUCCAGAGGGUUUCGAGGUUCUGACAUCUCUGACUGAGCUUGAUCUUUCUGACAACAACAUAUCAGCACUUCCUCCAGAGCUGGGAUUACUUGAACCAAGCCUGCAGGUCCUAAGACUCGAUGGAAAUCCAUUGAGAAGCAUCAGGAGGGCGAUCCUUGCCAAAGGAACCAAAGCAGUUCUGAAGUACUUGAAGGACAAAUUGCCCGGUCAGUAGUCUCCUCAGACCUCCCCAUGCUUCAAGUGUUAUGUCGACCAUGAGUUUAAACCGAUAAUUCUGCUUCUGAUCAAAGGAUUGCAUCUUGAACCCGAAUACCUCUAUGUUUGGGCUUCGAUUUGAGAUAACAAAAACUUUCGAACUGCCGGUUUCUAUUUGUUUGUAUGUAUUCGAUCUGCGGGUUUGUAUUGCUAUUCAUGUAUUUCUGUAACUAGUAUGAGACAUUCCAACUAAAAGAUCCUUUUCGUGCUUACCUAACACCUAGCUGGUCGUUGACAACAUGUUUAUUCAUGUAAUUAAAGCUAGGCAUCCUUGUAAUACGACUUGUAGCAAUAUUUUAUGUGGGAAAACACGAUUUAACUCGUCGGUUUAUAAAAUCAUGCCACAUGCUUCCGUCUAAUCUGAAAUCAGAUUAGUU